AUGACAGCUGACGAAAGAUCGCCGCGUGGUAUAGCAUGCGGAUUCCCUGAGACUCGAAAGGUCUUCUACCCGCCCCUUAAUCGCCACGACACGUCCUCGGCCGAGACGUACCAUGAGUACUUUCUCAAGUAUGAUAUCAAGACAGACACAGCCUCCAAGCUCAAGCUCGAGGGAAUCGAUUCGUCAUACGAUCUGAUCCUGCAUGGGAUCGACAUGUUUGAGGUGAAAGAGGAACCUGACAGGAUCUACCUCUUCGCCGUCAACCACGGCCGCAAAGGCGAAUCGAUCGUCCUCUUCUACCACAUCCUCGGGUCCGACGUCUUGACCUUCGUCCGCGACUUCAGCCAUCCGCUGAUCAAGACGCCCAACGCCGUAGCGGCGACGAGUCUAAGCUCCUUCUUCAUCACGAACGACCAUUACUACUACGGGGGUGGGCCCAUCGCAACGCUCCUCCGCAGCCACGAAGACCACUGGGGUCCCUUCAAGUGGGCCUCCAGCGUGGUCCACUGUUCCGUGAAGAAUCCGAACCCGAACUCGAAUACGGCUUCUCUCGUCGCAGGGGAUUUGGAAUGCAAAAUCGUGUCUCCGCCGGAUGGCCACCCCAGCGCCAAUGGAGCGUUGUUGGUAGACGGCGGAAAGACGCUCUUGAUCAAUGAUAUCGUGGAAGCGACGACGACGGUCUACGACGUGGAUCCCCAGACCAAGAUGUUGAGUGUGAAGAAGAAGCAACUCGGCGCCUCGGCGGACAAUCUGUCGGAAAUACCCGGCACAGGAGACAUUGCCGUUGCAGUCUUCCCCGAUCUCGCAGCGUUGAGAAAACGCCUGGGUCAUCCUGAUGAUAUCCUCGAUUCGUCCAUCAAGGCCGAGGCCGCGGUGCUUCGGCUCAUCAAGGCCAAAGACUACGAGCCAGAGUUGCUGUACUGGGACGAUGGGGGCUUGAUCACCGUAUUGACGGCUGCGGCGGUUGAUCCGAAGCACGGGAAACUGAUCGCCGGAGGGGUCGUGGAGAGGCAUUUUAUGGUAUGCGAUAUUGAUGUCUGA